AUGCAUUAUGUAGCUCUAAAAUCAACUCGGAAUACGAAGUUUGGUGAUAAAAUAUGGCAUAUUAAUAAAAUUAGAGUUCAUAUUAAUAAUUUGGGUUUUAUGUAGAGGCAUAAUGUAUGGGAUCCUGACAUUGAAUAACAAGUGAGGAAAGCCGGUGAAACCAACUUUCAUAACGGAUAAUUGAUAAUGGUUGUUCUCUCUGAACUUGUGAAUUUCAAAAUCUCAGAAGGAUCUUCAUCUUCUUCAUCAACUCAUGUUCAUAGUUCAUCAACUCAUCAUCAAAGAUAUGACGUAUUUUUAAGUUUUAAUGGUGUUGACACUAGUCAUAGUUUCACUAAUAACCUUCAUAAGGCCCUCAUUGAUGCCAAUAUCAGUACCUUCUUGGAUGAUGAAGAGAUUGAAACAGGGGAAGAUCUUAAACCUGAACUGGAGACUGCAAUUGAGGCAUCUCAGGCUUCUAUUAUCGUGUUGUCUAAAAAUUAUGCUUCUUCAACAUGGUGUCUGGAUGAAUUAGUGUUGAUCCUUGAGCAGCGUAUGACAUCCAACCAUAUUGUUAUCCCAAUAUUCUAUCAUGUGGAGCCCACACAUGUUAGGAAGCAACAAAGUAGCUUUGGAGAUGCAAUGGCUAAGCAUAAACAGACAAUGGAAGCAGAGACAGAUGCAAAUAAAAAAAGUCAAUGGGCUGAAAAGAUGGACCAAUGGAAUAAAGCGCUUACAGCAGUUGCUAAUUUAAAAGGAACUGACGUAAAAGGAAGGGCUGAGAGAGAGUUUAUUGAAGAAAUUGUGAAAGACAUCUACCGUCGAUUACAUGUACCUUUAAGGACUGCUCAACCGUUCCUUAUUGGGAUGGACAAUCAUAUUAACUUUUUCACGUCAUGGUUGAAAGAUGGAUCCUCACAUACAGCAGACAUACUCACUAUUUUGGGUAUUGGCGGGAUCGGGAAGACAUCUUUAGCCAAAUAUGUCUAUGGGUUGCAUUGUCGUGACUUCCCCACAAGUAGCUAUAUUGAAGAUAUCAGUAGGAUAUGUGUUGGAAAGUUUAACGGGUUGCUUGAUUUACAAAAACAAAUGUGCAAUGACCUUUUAAAAACAAGUUCAAUGCAAAUUCAUGAUGUUUCAAUAUACACCUCAAAGAUAGAAAAUUUGUUAGCCCGUAAAAGGGUAUUUCUAGUUCUUGAUGAUAUUGAUAGUCUUGAUCAGUUGGAUGCAUUACUUGGAAGCAAAGGUUUUCAUCCUGGAAGCAAAAUCAUUAUUACAACAAAGGACACAUGGUUGACAGAGAGUUGUGCACUAUUUAAAACAAAAAUUAAACCCAAGCAUGCAAAACACUUCCUUGAAGGCUUAAAUUGGAUUGAGUCAAGACAUCUUUUAUGUUUUCAUGCAUUCAUGUGCAACUAUCCCAAUGGAGGAUAUGAAGAGGUGUCAGAUAAGCUUGUUAAGUAUUGUCAAGGACAUCCUUUGGCUCUUGAAGUUCUAGGAAAAUCUCUACGUAAUCGAGAUAUAGCUUAUUGGGAAGGGUGCAUAGAAGGGCUAAAGAAAGAAUCUGGUUCUCAUAUAAAUAAUGUCUUGAGAAUGAGUUUUGAUUCGUUGCCAUAUAACAAUGAUAAGGAGUUGUUUAAGCAUAUUGCUUGUUUUUUUGUUGGAAUAGAUAGAGAUAUUGCUGAAACAAUAUUAAAUGCAUGUGACAUAAAAACAAGAGCUGGAAUUACGAAUCUCAUUGACAGAUUCCUUCUUAGUAUCGGAUGGAAUAAUGAAUUGAAGAUGCAUCAGUUGGUUCAAGAGAUGGGAAGAUUCGUAGUACGUCAAGAAUCACUUGACAAGCCAUGGAAGCGAAGUCGAUUAUGGUGUCAUAAAGAGUCCUUCAGUGUGUUGAAGGAAAAAAAGGGUAAGGGAAAUCUUGUAGGCCUAGUUCUUGACAUGCGCAUGCUUGAGAAAGAGAAUUUAGGUGUAUUAGUUGAGCUGAAAACAGAUGCAUUAAACUUACCUAUGGAGAAUCUUGUUGCUCUCGAUAUGUCAUAUAGCAACAUUGAAUUAUUUGUCGGUUCUAAUAGUAAUCCACACCGAGAUGAGAAGAGACAAAAGUUGGAUGGAUCAUGCUUAAAAGAAAAAAGGCGCAUAGGGACUAAUUCUUGGGAAUCGAAAAUCCAGAUGAUGUAUGAAUUUGGAAUAUUCAGCACAAUUGGGCGCCAGCUAUCAAGUACAAGAGACAGAGUGGUUUAG